CAGUCUUAGAAGCUAAAUCCAAAAAGGACAAAGACCAUCUAAAUAAAUAUAUUUAUUGAAGCAGGUAAGCAAUUUUUCUUUUCAAUUCAGUGGCCAUUCCGAUUCUACCUACAGAAUUUACACUGCCAAUUCGAAGAAAAUGUGUAAAAUCCUCUUUCAAAAGGCGCUGGGUUAUUGUUAAAUCGAAGCAAUUUGGUUUGUCCCACACUGUUUCAUUGCACUUGAGACUCAUGAUCUCAUGCUUGAGCUUAUCUUCGUACUCUUUCUGUGAGAAGAUAGCAUUGAAAAAGUAUAGGAGAUGUGUAAAGAGGGGUUGCAUUAAACGGCCUCAGGUUGUGUCUGGUGCGAAAAAAGAUGGUUUUGGCCUACGGGUUUUUGUGCUUUCAGACUUGCAUACAGACUAUCCUGAGAAUAUGGCGUGGGUGAGGAGUUUGUCUACUAAGAGGCAUGAAAAAGAUGUUCUUCUCGUUGCUGGUGAUGUAGCAGAGAUGUAUGAUAACUUCAUUUUGACCAUGUCUCUCUUGAAGGAAAGGUUUGAAUAUGUAUUUUUUGUACCUGGAAACCAUGAUCUUUGGUGUCGUUGGGAGACAGAAGAUUUUGAUUCUCUUGAGAAGCUGAAUAAAUUGCUUGAUGCAUGUAAACAACUCGGAGUUGAGACCAAUCCGGCGGUUAUAGAUGGGUUGGGUAUUAUUCCUUUAUUUUCUUGGUACCAUGAGAGCUUUGAUAGGGAGGAUGACAUAGUUGGCGUUCGAAUUCCGUCUUUGGAUAUGGCAUGUAAGGACUUUCAUGCAUGCAAGUGGCCUGGCAACCUUUCAAACAGGGAUACCUCUCUUGCUUUAUACUUUGACUUAAUGAAUGAAAAAAAUCAGAAUACUGUGAAGCGGAUCCAGAGCACUUGUAGCCAAAUUAUUACAUUUUCUCACUUUGUUCCUAGGCAAGAGCUCUGUCCAGAGAAAAGAAUGCUGUUCUAUCCAAACCUCCCAAAAGUCAUUGGCUCUGAUUGGCUCGAGGAUCGUAUAAGGUCUAUACACGGGGUUGAAAGUAGUUCCUUUGCAUGUCAUGUGUUCGGCCACACGCAUUUUUGCUGGGAUGCAGUAGUGGAUGGUAUCAGAUAUGUACAGGCACCAUUGGCAUACCCUAGAGAGAGGAAAAGAAGAAUGAAUGGGGGUGAGACUUGGUUGCCAUUUUGUAUUUAUUUGGAUGGGGAAUUUGGUGCCAAAGUUAUGCCUUGCUAUUGGUCUGAUUAUUAUGCCAUAAAUCCAAGAACACCAAGUAACAUGGAACUUGCACCUUGGGUUGCUAGAUUUUAUAACUUAAUUUAAGCACAAAUAUAAAUAUGGCUUUACCCUCUUCUAUUUCCCAAGAAUUGUCUUGUACUAUAUACAUGUAUCUUUCUUAGAUAGUGGGGUUCUAUUCAGUAGUUUGAUCCAUGUUGGACCCUGUUAAUACAUUGGACUUGUGAACUCAGAAGUAUUAUCUUAGGUACAUUAAGCAUGUCUCAGAUGAGUGAUGCCACCACAAAUCGGAGUUUUGUUCGAGAUAGUGAUCGAGCAAUGGCUAGUUGUGCCUGGUUUUGUUGCAAUCGGUCCAAAUCCGAUAGCAGUUUACAGGUUUGGAAUGGCUUGGCAAGAACUGAACUACUCAAGGCUCGUUCUCAUAAUGAGCAUAUAUUGGAAGCGUGGGAUGUUUAGUUUCAAAUUGGUGACUUAAUCCUUUGCCAUAUUGUACUUGAUGUUGCUUGACCUGAACAUCCACAAUUCUUUUUAUACCAUUUUUAUUGCUACUCC